AUGGCGACCGAGAUUCAGGGAUACUGCUCCGACGACGACACCUACGUGGUGUCGUUCGACGAGGACUGCUUCGACGCAACGCUCACCAAAUCCGGUGGCGAGGUGGAGUCGUGGCUGGAGGAGACGUACCGCAUCCACCGCCGCUGCCGCCAUAUGCUCAUUGUCGGCCUCGAUGUGGAGUGGCGCCCCACCUCCGUGCCGGGCCCCGUCGCCGUGCUGCAGAUCUGCGUCGACCGGCGCUGCCUCGUCUUCCAGAUCCUCCGCGCCGACUACGUCCCCGACGCGCUGUCCGACUUCCUGGCUGAUCGCCGGUUCACCUUCGUCGGUGUCGGGAUCCGCGACGACGCAGCCAAGCUGUGGGACGGGUACGGGCUGGAGGUGCCGCGCGCGGUGGACCUGCGCGCCCUCGCCGCCGACACGCUCGGGAAGCCCCACCUCCGCCGCGCGGGGCUGCAGGCGCUAGUGCGGGAGGUGCUGGGCGUGCAGAUGGAGAAGCCGCACCACGUCCGCGUCAGCGCCUGGGACAAGCGCAAGCUGUCGAUGGACCAGUUCAAGUACGCCUGUGCCGACGCGUUCGCGUCCAUGAAGGUCGGCGAGGAGCUCUACACCUGCCACUGCGACGAGUGA